UAUAUAAAAAAGAAAAAUGGUUGCAUCUUUUGAUCGAAAAAAAUCAUUGGUUCUUUCAAUGGUUUUACUUUUUCUUUUUGUGUCAUCAUCAUAUGCAAAGUUUAGUAUGAUGGUUACAAAAACCGAGAUCAACACCAUAUGCACCAAACAAGAUAUGAAUUCUUCGUUUUGUUUUGAGAUUCUUAAAGCAACUCCUGAAAUUGCUAGAUUAGAUUAUUCAGAUCUCAUAAAAUAUUUGAUCACUUAUCAAGCUCGGUAUAUUUCAAAUACGGUGAAGCUUUUUAAGUUAUCUGGAGGCUACUCGAAAGAUAUUAAUUCUACAUAUCACGUGUGUGUAGAAGUAUAUGAAGAUGCUCUCAGUGGACGUGAUAAUUCCCUCCGAUAUUUGGCUGCCAAAGACUAUCCCAACUUAAGCACCCUGGUCGGAGCUACGAUGGAUGAUGCCUUCACAUGUAUUGAUGAGGAUUUGUCAACAAUGAAGCCAAUACCACAACUUUUUAUGACGAGAAGUUAUGCUAUUAAAAACUUUUCUGACAUUAUCUUGGUGGUUCUGCAGUGUUUUCUAAAAUAUGAUUAUUACCUAUGUUCUUAACUCAUUCAAAAAAAAUUGUGGAAGUAACCCUUUUUAAUAUAUAAAUAAGUAAUAAAGACAUUAAAAAAAAUUAUCG